GCUUUUGUAGCAGCGUCGGAUUCCACCGGAAUCUUCGAGAAAAUUUAUUUCCGUUUCGUCACCGUCUCUCUUUCCAUUCGGUCCGCGCGGUUUGUUUUCCGAACGUUAGUUCGAUCGUCAAUCUUGAGCGGAGAGGUUCCUUUGUCUGUCCACGCCGGUUUCAUCAUUAUCGGCCUUAGGGAAAUCAUUGGAAGCUUUUUUAUCGAUCAGCCCCACUGAAAUCGCAAACAAGCAUGGUUGUUAACGAAAGUAACUCGCAGCAAAUUACCCCUCCUAUGGUGACAUGGGCCCAAAGACAAGGUGUGGUGUUCCUCACAAUCUGCCUUGAAGACUGCAAAGAGCCUGAAGUUAAAAUUGAACCGAAUGCUGUGUUCUUCAAAGGAGUUGGAGGAACGGAAAACAAGCCGCACGAAGUCACCAUUAACCUUUUCAAAGAAGUCGACUCGGAGAAAUCUGCGUUCUUCCCUAGAGACCGAAACAUUGAAUUGGUUUUGAAGAAGAAAGACGAUGGUCCCUACUGGCCACAGCUGACAAAAGAAAAGCAGAAGUUCCACUGGCUCAAGGUGGAUUUCAACAAGUGGAGAGAUGAGGAUGACAGCGACGAUGAAGGAACUGGACAAAAUCAAGAUCUUGACGAGAUAAUGAGACAGAUAGGUGGUCUCGGCGGAGGCGCAGGUGGUGAAAUGGACAAGCCUAGUUUUGAUGACCUCGAUGCUGAGGAGGACUCUGACGACGAGGGAAUACCAGACCUCGAGUCAAACGAAUAAGACGUGUCCCCAUUGUACCAUGUGCCGAGAGCAAUAUAUAUAUUUAUUGAAAUGGACAUGAUGGCAAGAAAUUAACAAGUGCGUCUCCGGCAUUGUUGCUACUCCUGACAAGAUGGUUUUUUUUGUGUUUCUUAUUCAACUUGUACACUCCAAAUAUUAAACUAAUUUGUAAUCCCAUUCAACCUGGAGAAGAGCGCGCGUUUUGUACACGUUCAUUAGUUGCAGCUCUUUCGUCUCGCUGGCAACCUGGCUAGCUCAUUAUUUCUGCAAAUUUUGUAGUGAUUACAAAAUUACAAUGUCGAUACCUCGUUCUGUAUCAUCAAUAAAUUUGACCAUUCAAA